AUGCACUUUCAAUCUCCGCCAUUGGCGACUCUGAUCCACUUGGGGCUGCUCCUGGGAGCCUCUGCCAGCCCUGCACCUGAUCAUGCACUGCAACAAUUGAUGCGGAUCCCUGCAAGUAAUCGCCAAGAUGUGUUUGGGAGUUCCCCUUACACUCCAGGGCAUCGAGACCCGUUCGACCACAAGAUUGACUCGGUCGGCGAGGGCCGUGAACCAUUGCCGUUCCGUAAUGGCGACGGAGCGACCGUCCAGGGCCCGCGAAACAAAGAUCGCGAGCGUCAGAACCCCGAUCUCGUUCGCCCUCCGAGCACCGAUCAUGGCAGUAUGUCAAAUAUGAGGUGGAGCUUUGCCGACUCGCAUACACGUAUUGAGGAAGGCGGAUGGACUCGCCAGACGACAAUCCGCGAAUUGCCUACUAGUCGCGAACUAGCAGGAGUGAAUAUGCGCCUGGAGGAAGGCGUGAUUCGAGAAUUACACUGGCAUACCGAAGCUGAGUGGGCAUAUGUCCUCGCAGGUCGAGUUCGAGUUACUGCACUUGAUCCAGAUGGAGGCAGCUUCAUGGAUGACCUCGAAGCUGGGGAUCUGUGGUAUUUCCCCGCAGGGCAUCCGCACUCCCUGCAAGGACUCAGUCCCAAUGGCACAGAGUUUCUCCUUAUAUUCGAUGAUGGCCACUUCUCCGAAGAGUCUACCUUUUUGUUGACCGACUGGAUGGCACACACAUCCAAGGCUGUGCUAGCGGAAAACUUCCGCCUACGUCCUGAUACAUUCAAGUCAAUUCCGACUUCGGAAAAGUACAUUUUCAAAGGAUCAAUGCCGGACAGUAUCGAAAAUGAGAAGCCGCGUGGCUUCCGUCAAUCCAAAUUGCGCUUCACGCAUCACAUGCACGCACAGGUCCCGAUUCAUACCUCCGGAGGCCGAGUGCGAAUCACAGACUCUACCAACUUCCCCAUCUCGAAGACAGUGGCGGCAGCCCACCUAGAGAUCGAGCCCGGUGCGCUUCGAGAGAUGCAUUGGCACCCAAAUGCAGAUGAAUGGAGCUACUUUAAGAAAGGUCGUGCACGAGUUACAAUUUUUGCCGCGGAGGGUAACGCCCGGACAUUUGAUUACAUGGCUGGUGAUGUUGGCAUUGUUCCCCGAAAUAUGGGGCAUUUUAUUGAGAAUUUGAGUGAUGAUGAACCCUUGGAAGUACUUGAGCUCUUCCGUGCGGAUAAAUUCCAGGAUUUCUCGCUAUUCCAAUGGCUGGGAGAGACGCCAAGACGGAUGGUUGCAGAGCACAUAUUUGCAUCCGACCCUGAUGCUGCAAAUGCUUUCUUGAAACAGAUUGAAGGAGCCCAGAAGGAUCCUAUAAAGGACACUGGCUCUUAA